CUCAAUUCACAGCUUACGCUUACUCCUGCUCCAGAUAACCUCUGCUGCUUGCUCCCUCUCGUACCCUAGCAGCUAGCUAGCCGGUCGAUCUACACUAGGAAGAAGGAAGGGGAAAUGGCCGGGAGGGACAGGGACCCGCUGGUGGUUGGCAGGGUUGUGGGAGACGUGCUGGACCCCUUUGUCCGGACCACCAACCUCAGGGUGACCUUCGGGAACAGGACCGUGUCCAACGGCUGCGAGCUCAAGCCGUCCAUGGUCGCCCAGCAGCCCAGGGUUGAGGUGGGCGGCAAUGAGAUGAGGACCUUCUACACACUCGUGAUGGUAGACCCAGAUGCUCCAAGUCCAAGCGAUCCCAACCUUAGGGAGUAUCUCCACUGGCUUGUGACAGAUAUCCCCGGUACAACUGGUGCCUCGUUCGGGCAGGAAGUGAUGUGCUAUGAGAGCCCUCGUCCGACCAUGGGGAUCCACCGCUUCGUGCUCGUGCUCUUCCAGCAGCUCGGCCGGCAGACGGUGUACGCCCCCGGGUGGCGCCAGAACUUCAACACCAGGGACUUCGCCGAGCUCUACAACCUCGGCCCGCCCGUCGCCGCCGUCUACUUCAACUGCCAGCGUGAGGCCGGCUCCGGUGGCAGGAGGAUGUACAAUUGACCUACCCAUGGCCCACGUACGCCACCCGCAAAGUCAGCAAAUUAUCCAACGUGGCUAGUUUACUAGUAUAUAGUUUGUCAUAAGAAGCCAGCCACGAAUUAAUUAAGCAUUAUCUAUAUAUUGGCAACACAUACACUACAUAUAUGCAUACUAUGAUCGAUGUAAAACUAGCCGUACGCAUAUAUGCAUAUCAACGGCUAAUUAAUUAAUUAAGGGGGGAUGAACCCUAGAUCAAUGGCUUGGUACUGCACUAUAUAUAUAGUCUGCAAUAAACUGAUGCCAAUAGUAUACAGCACACAAUAUUGGAGGAGCUACACGCCAUGUGCAACUUAGAGCUACCUGGUACAUAUCUGCAGGUUGGUCUUGACUCUUGUGUGUUCACUUAUGCGUGCAUGAACAUCAGUCAAUCAUAUAGACAUAGUUAUGCAUGGGAGACAAACAUGUAAUUGACAGAUACUGCUACAAGACACAGUGAUAUGUACACACUUAGCGCAGUAGCAAAGCACAUGCAUGUGUUGGGCCUUGUACAACUUCCUCAUGAUGAUGGCAAUAUAAUCAAGUGUCAAGUUAUGUAUGA